GGUGCAACUGUAACACCCACAGAGCUAACUGCACUAAAUGCUUGUGCUGAAUCAAUAGCACAUAUGUAAUAACCUAAUCAGCUAAACUGUAUCACACAAAUUGUUAUGUGUGCCUUUAAUUAUAACGUACGUACAGUUAAUCAGAACCAUUAUUUAUUAUUAUCUGUCUAAACCAUUUAAAGGGACAGUCAAGUAAAAAAAACAACUGGGUAAUAAAGGGAUUAUCUACCUUUUUAAACAACAACAAUUCUGGUGUUUACUGUCCCUUUAAUAUACUUUUUACAGACACGGCCAGAGCACUGAGAGAUAUCAGGUAUUGAUGUAACUGCAGUGAAUAAGGGAACCUUCUUCCUGAGCACAGACAUUGGAGCCUGUUAUCAGCAUGAACUCAUAUGUGUUAGACAAACACUUGAAUAGUUUCACUACAGGAAGCACCAGUCUUAUAUUGCAGACUACAAAAGUCUUAGACACUAAUGACUAUUCACAAACAUUGGGAAAAUCACAGCAGAUAUUUAAAGGAGAUGGUGAAUUGGUAGGAACUGGGCAGCAAUCAUUAUAUACCGAAAGUAAUUUAGUCAUCAAACAAGAGGACAACAUUUAUGCCUUAUCUAGUGCAAUGAUUAUCCCAGAGGAUAAACCACACACAUUUACUGAGUUUUCAAAACAUUUUAAGGAAGGGAAACGUCUUAACUCUAGCCAAAUGAUUCAUACAAAUAAAAUACCAUUCAAAUGCACAGAAUGUGAGAAAAGCGUCACAUGUAAUUUGCAUCUCCUUGAACAGCACACAGUUCACACAGUUGUGAAACCUCACACGUGUACAGAAUGUGGGAGAUGUUUCACAUCUAAAGGCGGCCUUAAGUAUCACAAAACGACCCAUACAGGGGAGAAACCUUUCACAUGUAAUGAGUGUGGAAACAGUUUUACACAAAAGAGUAAUCUGAAAAUUCAUGAAAGGAGUCAUACAGGAGAAAACUGUUUCAUAUGUACAGAGUGUGGCAAAUGUUUUACACUAAAGAGUCAUUUGAAAAGUCAUGAAAGAAUUCACACAGGAGAAAAACCUUUCACAUGUACAGAGUGUGGAAAAUGUUUUACAAACAAGAGUCAUCUGAAAUCUCAUGAAAGGAGUCACACAGAAGAAAAACCUUUCACAUGUACUGAGUGUGGAAAAGGAUUUAAAAACAAGACUAAUCUGAAAACUCAUGAAAGAAUUCACACAGGAGAAAAACCUUUCACAUGUACAGAGUGUGGAAAAAGGUUUACACGAAAAGAUAAUCUGAAAGAUCAUGAAAGGAGUCACACGGGGGAAAAGCCUUUCACGUGUACAGAGUGUGGGAAAUGUUUUACAGAAAAGAGUAGUCUAAAAACUCAUGAAAUGAUUCACACAGGAGAAAAGCCUGUCACAUGUACAGAGUGUGGAAAAUGUUUUACACAAAUAAGUCACCUGAAAACUCAUGAAAGGAUUCACACAGGAGAAAAACCUUUCACAUGUACAGAGUGUGGAAAAUGUUUCACACUAAAGAGUACUCUGAAACAUCAUGGAAGGAUUCACACAGGAGAAAAACCUUUCACAUGUAUAGAAAAUUGAAAAAGGUAUCCCAUGCCAGUAAUGUAUCACAAAAACACCAAAUAUUUACACAUAAAAUAAACUUUACAUGCACUAUGUGGAAACCUUUUAAAAUUAUUCUUAAGAGGACAAACUCUCUAAAUAGAAGAGUAAAAAAGAAUGGUAUUGUAAAUAAUACUUUCUAAAUCCCAGUUGCAAAAUCUACAUAUUAGAAGUGCUCUCCCGCUGUCGUUUGUUCCUCUAUAUAUGUGCACCUCAGUUUCUCUCAUAUAAAUGUGAUAGAAUACAAACACCUUCACAGGAAUAUACAAAUAUGUCCUCAUACUAACCAGUUUACACAGCCAUUCACCCCCAAAGCACCCCCAGUAUUGUUUAUUAAUAUGCCAGUGUUAGGAGUUGUAUGUUUGAUUUACAUAGUAGAGAAAAUAAUUAUAUUUACAGAAUAAAGGAGUCUUUAUAUGAAUAGAGCUUUAGAAACUUAAAUAAACAAGAACAUCAGUCUCAAAUGAUUGACAUCUGGGAGAUAUAUUUAAUGUGCACAUCAUGUGGAUAAAUCUUUUCUUAUAGCAACAGAUGCUUAGCAUUGUACAUUUUAUAUACCAGAUGAAUUACUGAUAGGAAAUUGAUUUUAUUUAAUGAGACUCUAUGGGCUAGAUUACAAGUGGAGCGCUAAUUUAUCAAAUUUGCCCAUUUGUGGGGGGCGCAAUAAGUAAUCAGCCAUUACAAGUGGCUGAUUUUUUCUACCGUGAGCUUGUGGUAGCAAUUAGUGCUUAUAAAAUAAACAAGAGAUCAGGUCUCUGGUUAAUUUUAUAAAUGUCCACAAAAUGUCCCUUAAUUUAAGUGUUAGGUUUCUUUAAAGGGAAAGAAAAAAAAACUUCACUUAGCAGUUUUUGGGAGCUAAAGUCAGCGGCUGUGAGGUAUUAAAAAAAAAAAUGGCACUGAAGUGUCUUUCCAUUGUGGUCUAUGGGAACUGUGUGUUCCCUGUAAUUAUAUUAAUAUGCUUAUAUACAUGUAUUUUAUUUGUUCUAAGUAUAUACACAUAUUAACACAAAAACAUAUAUAUAUAUUAAAAUUUGCUGCCAUUGCUUGUUCUCGUGCUGUGUCUCAGGGCAUGAGAACGAGACUCCCAUUGCAGCAUAUGGAUUUGCACUCCAUUUAUAAUCAAGGCCUAUAUCAGUAACUGCUACAUUUAUGAUCAUAUGUAAAGCAACAAGUCCACCAGCACUUCCAAUAAUAAAAGACCUUUAUUAAUAUUUUUUUUUUUUUUUUUUUUUAUAUAUAUAAGUUUUUAUUGAAAUAAGAUAUUCUCAAAUACAUAAAUAACAUAAGAGAUAUACUUGGAGCACGCAGGCUCCCAACGUGAAUACAGACAGAGAGUCUAAACAGUUUCAACAUUCCAUAUUAAAGUAUAUGUAUAAGAUGGAAGAUAGGUAUAAGAUGAUUCUUGUCUUUAUUUUAUUAAUAUUUUAACAUGGGUCAACAAAUAACUGUAAUUUUUUGGGCUUAACUUAGCCCUUCCUGAUGCAUGAGGAAGGGCUGAGCUAGGCCCGAAACGUUGCAGUUAUUUGUUGAGCCAUGUUAAAAUAUUAAUAAAGGUCUUUUAUUAUUGGAAGUGCUGGAGGACUUGUUGCUUUACAUAUGAUUUGAGACUUGGGGGCAUAUUUAUGAUUUUGCGAGCGGACAUGAUACAAUUUAGCGUAUCCUGUCCGCCGCACAUCAAUAAAUGCCGACAGCAUACGCUGUCAGCAUUUAUCAUUGCACCAGCAGUUCUGGUGAACUGCUGGUGCAAUACCGCCCCCCUGCAGAUUCACAGCCAAUUGGCCGCUAGCAGGGGGUGUCAAUCAACCUGAUCAUAUUUGAUCGGGUUGAUUUCUGUCCGCAGCCUCAGAGCAGGCACACAGGUUAUGGAGCAGCGGUCUUUAGACCACUGCUUCAUAACUUGUGUUUCUGGUGAGCCUGAAGGCUCGCCGGAAACACGGGGCAUCCAGCUCCGUAUGGAGCUUGAUAAAUAUGCCUCUUGGUAAGUCUCCUCCAUGCACUCUGCUUAACAAGUGCUGUUCCUAUCAUUUGAUUGUUUACAUUUGUGAUCAUAAUCAGUUUAAUUUAAAUGGCUACUAUAACCUACAUGUAUACUGGGUAUGUAAUAUGUGUGUCAUGUGAUCAUAAUCAGUUUAAUUUAAAUGGCUACUAUAACGUACAUGUAUACUGGGUAUGUAAUAUGUGUGUCAUGUGAUCAUAAUCAGUUUAAUUUAAAUGGCUACUAUAACCUACAUGUAUACUGGGUAUGUAAUAUGUAUGUCAUGUUCUGUAACUUGAUAUUAUGUCUGUUAGAUGUUUUCAUGUUAGUUAGAAGCCACAAGAACUGAUAAUAGCACAUACUGUAUAUAUAAAGGGGACAUUAUAUGUCUGAUAAAUCCCUUUGUAUCAAGAGCACAAGUGUUAGGUAUAUUUAUACCAUUGUGUGCAGAUAUCAUGUAAUGCUGCUUUUUACUAUAUAAUGAUAUACAAUGUUUUUUCAUGCAAAUAAAAAUGAUUGUAAUUCA